ACCAGCGUUACCUUCACGCCCCCUGUCAGUGAAACAGUGACGGUAACACCAAGGGGCAGUCAGGUGUACAUGUGUGUGACCGGAAGUUGUCGUCCUCCUGCCCGGAUAGACUGGUACAAGGAUAGUGUAAACGUCACAACUCAGACCGGAAGUGUUAGUAGUGACGGUGACAAGUUUGUGACCGCCAGUUCUUUAACACUGACUGGGGCUAAAGGGGACAGUCCAGCCACUGUCCAGUGUAGGGCUAGUAACGUGGACGGAAUGAACCCUGUCCAGUCCGGUGUUAAAACGUUUGUUGUUCAAUGGCCACCAGAUGAACCGCCAGUUAUAUCCGGGUAUACAAGCGGUUCCAUCUUGUAUGUGAACGAGACAUUAUCGCUCAGUUGCCGGCAGCAGGGAGGGAACCCUCUGUCUACCCUGACCUGGACAGGAUUGUGUGUGGGAAUCCCCGCCACAGAUGGCAGCACUGUGACAGAGUCGGUGUCUACCAUCACAGUAACUGUCACGAAAGGAUACAACAAGGGGACGUGUGUCUGUGUGUCUACACAUCCACAACCUCAGACCCAGGACAGAUCACAGGUCACAUUUACUGUACACUACCCUCCAAGUGGCCCGGUCAUUAUCCUGACACCGACACGUCCAUGGUUGGAGGGAGAGAGCGGAACCCUGAGCUGUAGCUACACUGAGGGUUUUCCAGCUCCAGCCAGGAUUGAGUGGUUCCGUAACGGCCUCCAGACUGGACAGUCAACGCCAUCUAUAUCACUCUCUCCUCUCACAAAGGCCGACAACAGGGACGGGUAUUCCUGUCGUGUGAGGAAUGAUUUCACUGACAUCAAACUUACUAACCUGACGUCAUCUGUCAAAUACCUCAAUGUUGAAUAUAAACCGCUGGUGACCUUGUACCCUACCCACUUGACCGUAGUUGAACGUCAGACUGCUCAACUAACUUGUGACACAGAAGGAAACCCCGCACCAACAGUCGAGUGGCUACGUGGAGGUACAUCAGUACAGACAGGACAAGGGGCCUCACUGUCCUUGACGUUGAGUGACAUAGAUCGGUCAGCGACGGCUAACUACACCUGUCGGGCGGAGGGCGUAUCAUCUGUGCAGGGGAGACAACUAAUCACAAAGAGAAUCGUUUAUUUACUAGUUCAAUAUCCUCCGGAUAUAGUGAUUGUGGCGCCCCCUAAUGUAGAAGAGGGAGACACGAAUAUCCGGUUGAUAUGUCGGACUGUAGGAGAACCCAACACGCUGACAAGUCAGUCCUGGACACAGACCAUUGGCCAGAUCCUUAUUGCUGAUCAAUACACGUAUACGACAACAACACCGAACACAGUAGUCUUCGCGGAGGUUUCCCUGUACGACACAGGGACGUAUACAUGUAGUGUUAGCAACGGUAUAGCGGACAGACAAGGACAGACUCUACAAUCCAACAGUGCUGUGUUAAAUGUUAAAGUUGCCCCGAGAUUUAAUUCAAGUGGACAGAAUCACAACUUCUAUAGCAGGCUGCAUGAACAAGUGACCAUAAAGAUUCCAUUCUACAGCAACCCUCCUGUUACAUCUACUGAUGACAUAGAGUGGACAAAGCUGCCCUUUGGUGUUCGGAUUGUCCCCUCUUUAAACAUCACGUUUGGCCUUACUAAGGAUAGCAUUGACCUAUCAAUGAAGAGAAGGACUAUUACGUUCCCUGGUCAGGCGGCUGUUAUGACUCUGUUGUCAUUUGAUCAGUCAGUAGCUGGGGACUACACCGUUACUGUUUACAACGACGGUAGACGUCGUAACUCUACUACAGUCUUUUCCAUAAAUCCAUCAGCCCCGCCAGAAACGCCUUCACAUUUUCAUGAAAUAGAAACCACCACUUCAAGUAUUACUGUACAAUGGACAAAAGGUUUCAAUGGCGGUCACCCCCAGACAUUUGUUAUUCUGUAUAGACCUGAGGGAGGGACCAGGACAGAAACAGUAUCAGUGAUAGAACAACAACAGUCAACAUACACCAAGGAUAUAACAGGUCUGACACCAAACACCAGAUACCAAUUCAACAUGUACGCUUAUAAUGAAGAGGGGAACAGCUCACUCAGUAGUGUGGUGGAUACAACCAUGAAACUAUAUACGGCAUCAACUCCCAAUACGGCGUCCAUUACACUAUUCGUUAUAGCAGCAUUGUUGUUCACUCUAACAGCGUCCAUGUUCAUGGUGUGUUUUAUUUACAGACGGAAGAUAUUGAGAAAAAAGACAUCCAAAGACAGAGAUCACGGGACUAAACCAGGUGUCAACCUGUCCCGUCCAGCAGAACAACAUGGCAAUCUAAAUGAGGGAUCACACUACGACGAUCUGAACCUCGAGGAACGAGAGCCACCGUCGAGCUAUGAGUACCUAGGUAGUAGUACAAUAGUCAAUGGGAAUACACAGGAUUCCACUGACGGCAGACAAAUGUAUGAAUCUCUUUCGACAAGAACUAAUGCCGCCGUGUAUGAACAACUCAAAGGUGUGUUGAGAUAAAUUUACAAUGUUCA